AUGUAUUAUUACAGGACAAAAUGCAUGUAUCCAGGGUGGAACUUGGCUUUCAGGGUAAACGAGGGAUCCAGUGAGUAUUAUUUCUCCGUACUCAUUAUGUACGAAGGGGGUGAUGGAGAUGUGGCAAGCGUCAAACUAAAACAGGCUGGAUCAAGCACUUGGACGGAAAUGCAGCAGUCAUGGGGAGCAAUAUGGUCCUUAACUGGAGUUGGUCCACUCAAGGCGCCAUUCUCUUUAUCUUUAACAUCACUCUCAACCGCAAAAACAGUGACUGCAAUGGAUGUCAUACCCAGCAGUUGGUACCCAACUGCCACUUACACAUCAUCCCUCCAACUCUUUUACUUCACUUCUAAUGAGACUUCAUUUUGA